UUUAUCAGCACACUAGCGCCACAGCGGCGCAAAACUACACUAACGCCCUCUCUAAACAUUGAAGCUCUAAAUUCCCGCCAGAAAUUAGUAAAGUUGACAGUGUAGCGUGUUAGCCAUUAAAAUUCAGACUUGUACCUAAAAAAAACUCAGAAAAAUUAAAAUUAAUUAAGAAUGUAACCACAUAACCUAACUUUGACCACCAGUGCCUUGGUUUAAUUUAAAUAAAAUAAAAAUUAACUAAUUAAAAAAUUACUAACUAAAAAAUAACUCAUUAAAAAAAUAACUAAUUAAAAAUUAACAAAUUAAAAAAAUAACUAACUUAAAAAAAAUGGCAGCGAAUAAAAAAAAGCCCCGAAAAGGAGCAAACGGUUACAAGCUCCCAGAAGCGCUUCCAGAAGGAGAAAUCCUCCAGGACUUAAGCAAGCACCAGUGGAUCCUAGGAAAGUCCAUCGGAACUGGCGGAUUCGGAGAAAUUUACUCCGCUGCAUCAUCUAACAAGCCAAAGAACCUAUCAGCGGUGAUAAAAAUCGAGCCUCAUGGAAACGGACCGCUGUUUGUAGAGAUGCACUUUUAUAUGCGCAACGCCAAGCCAGAUGACAUAAAUUCCUGGCGCAGCAGCAAGAAGCUGACUCAUUUAGGCAUGCCAAAAUUUUUGGGGUCUGGGUCUCAUGAAUAUAAGAGCCAGCGGUACCGAUUUUUAGUGAUGGAGCGCUACGGGAAGGAUUUAUGGAAGCUCUUCUUGGAAAAAAGACGUAAAUUUUCUUCUCAAGAGGUUAUAAAUUACUCUUUGCAAGUGAUUGAUGCUCUGGAGUACAUCCACAAUAGGACUUACGUCCACGCUGAUAUCAAGGGAGCUAACUUGCUGAUGGAUUUAAAGGAUGAAAACAAAAUUUACCUGGUGGACUUUGGGCUGGCUUCUCAUUAUACUAGUAAAGAUUUUAAACCAGAUCCUAAGAAGGCUCACAAUGGGACUAUUGAGUAUACAAGUAGGGACGCGCACUCUGGAGUCCCGACUAUGAGAGGAGAUCUGGAGAUCUUGCUGUAUAAUGUUAUUCAGUGGAUCACUGGAAGUCUUCCUUGGGAGGGAAUUCUUAAAGAUUGUGUUGCUGUUCAGAAAGCUAAAGAAAAAGCUUUUCAGGAUGUUGAUAGCUUUUUGGAGGGUUUGGAGGGGCGGGAGGGUGUUCCGGGGUUUGUUGGAGAGUUCAUGAAGCUAGUGAGUAAAUUAAAGUUCAAUCAGGCCCCGGAUUAUGAUAAAUGCAGAGAGAUCUUUGAGGAGGGCAAAAAGGAAAAGAAAGACAAGGGGAGGAAGACAAGGGAGAUUAAGACCCGGGUUGAGGAAGUUAAGGAAGAUAGCAGGAGGGUCAGGGAGAGAACUCCCAAGAGGACUCCCGAGCCAGCGAGGAGGAAGAGGGAAGGGACUCCUAAGCUGGAGAAAGCGGAGAUUCCUAGGAGGAAAAGUCCGAGGGUUAAACCGCAGGUCUCGUUGGAUGAGAGUACUGUUGGGGUGGUUGUGGAUUGCAAGAGGGAGAAGCUUAGGGAUGUUAAAGCGAUCGUUGAGGCUAUGGAUAGUGAUUCCGAGACGGAGUAUGAUGUUAAGAUUGUUAAGAAGAAGAAGGUGGAGAAGAAGAUUGUCAGGAGGGCUAGGAAGAAAAGUGAGGAUGAGGAAGAGAUAAUGCCUAGAGGUACAAAAUCCCGCCAAGCAAAAGUAUCCAAAGUGACCCGCCAGGCCACGGUGGACUCCGAUGAAGAUAUGUUUGAUUAACUUAAUUUGUUAUUUUCUAUUCUUAUAAAUAAAACUUUUCAUUUUCUAA